GCCGCGCGCUGGGUCAGGGCUGCAGAGGCGCCUGGCGCACUGGCAGUAGCGGAGCAGCGGCGCACACGCCCCGACACCGGCCCUGCGGAGAGAGCGGCCCGGGGCGCCGAGGGUCCGCGCCGCGCGGGGCGCCGCCGCCGUGGCCGCCAUGUGCUCCCAGGUCUGGCUCCUAACGGACCGGCGUCUCAGCGAGGAUUACCCGCAGGUGCAGAUUCUGCGCGCCCUCCGGCAGCGCUGCUCCGAGCAGGACGUGCGCUUCCGGGCGGUGUUCAUGGACCAGCUCGCCGUCACCGUCGUCGGCGGCCACCUCGGCCUGCAGCUGAACCAGAAGGCCCUCACUACUUUCCCAGACGUGGUGGUCGUGCGGGUGUCCACACCCUCCGUGCAGUCGGACAGCGACAUCACUGUCCUGAGGCACCUGGAGAAGCUGGGCUGCCGCUUGGUCAACAGCUCACAAAGCAUCUUAAACUGCAUCAACAAAUUCUGGACGUUCCAAGAGCUGGCCGGACAUGGGGUCCCCAUGCCAGACACCUUCUCGUAUGGUGGACAUGACGACUUUUCAAAAAUGAUUGACGAGGCUGAGCCCCUGGGUUACCCGGUCGUGGUGAAGAGCACGCGAGGCAACCAGGGAAAAGCUGUUUUUCUGGCAAGAGACAAACAUCACCUCUCAGACAUCUGCCACCUGAUCCGCCAUGAUGUGCCCUACCUGUUUCAGAAAUACGUGAAGGAGUCCCACGGAAAAGAUAUCCGGGUGGUGGUGGUCGGGGGCCAGGUGAUAGGCUCCAUGCUUCGCUGCUCCACAGACGGACGGAUGCAGAGCAACUGCUCUCUGGGUGGCGUGGGCGUCAUGUGCCCCCUGACAGAACAAGGCAAGCAGCUGGCCAUUCAGGUGUCCAACAUCCUGGGCAUGGACUUCUGUGGCAUCGAUCUUCUCAUCAUGGACGAUGGCUCCUUUGUGGUGUGCGAAGCCAAUGCCAACGUCGGCUUCCUGGCCUUCGACCAGGCGUGCAACUUAGACGUGGGAGGGAUCAUUGCAGACUAUUCCAUGUCUUUGCUGCCAAACCGGCAGACCGGGAAGAUGGCCGUCCUCCCAGGACUGUCGAGCCCCAGGGAGAAGAAGGAGCCAGAUGGCUGUGCUUCAGCUCAGGGAGUCGCAGAGAGCGUCUACACCAUCAACAAUGGGUCUACCUCUAGUGAGAGUGAACCUGAACUGGGAGAGGUCCGGGAUUCCUCCGCAAACACAAAGGGGGGCCCACCCCCUGUGCUGCCGGAGCCCGGCUACAACAUUAACAACAGGAUUGCUUCAGAAUUAAAACUUAAGUGAACUCCUGCUUUCUGGCAGCAUUUAAACCAAAUCCUACUGCUUCCCUAGUAGUUUCAUGUGAAUAAAAUCUGGACUAGUGUGAUUUCAUUUGCACAGGAACUAGAAAUCCCAUCUGGGCACUCAGCAUUCUUUCUAACGAUGAUUUGAGCAAAUGGCUUAGCUUUGUGGUUUUUAUAGACGCUAGUAUGAAAAUGCUCACCACCACCACCAUCUCCGUGGAUCAGUCUGAGGCUAAUGCCUGCUGUGAGCGCUUGGAUAAAGCCCUGACUCUGUGCUGCUGUUUCUGGCUGUUAGCAGAGAACGUGAACUUGGAUUGGCUCCUGGAAACAGCUGGAAACCUGUGCAGACCAGGUGGGAUGCGACUGCGGUGAUACGUGCUUCACUCAGCAUGUGUGUGAUGCCCAGAAAAUACAGAGCUGAAAUGCUUGCAGAGGGUCAGCCUCUGCUCCCCUUCAGUCACCUUCUCCACCGUGAUUUUGGACCACAUUCAGCCCUCAGGAUGUGGUAUUUUAGGGAGCUUCUUCAUUAGCAUUUGCAAUGAAGCACUUUGUAGGAAGGGGAUGGAAUGUUCUUUGACCUUACUGGUUGGCGUAUGUCCUGCUUUGUAUCUGGGACUUUCUACAAAUUGCUUGGCCACUCUGAAUUCAUAAACCCUGCUUCAACUAAUGCCAGCUCCAGCGGCUUUUUGCACCUUUGCUGCCUUUGGCCUCAGCUGGAAUCAGACUUCAACGGGCUGGUGGCCACACACUUUGUUUCUUAAGCGUGCACUAGAACCUAACCCCAUGGACUUGCUUUGCAAUGGACUCUGUUCACUUGUCAUCCUGAAGCCAGUGGGUUUUUACCACGGAAAGUUGCCAGAAGAUAGACAAUCGUUCUCCUUCCUCUGCUGAAACUUUACGGCAUAGCUGUAGGAGGUUUUCUGUAUGAGUUGAUGUUGUGGGCCUUUUGGGUAGAGCCAGCUAUUGGAAACUCACUCUGAUACCCUGGAUGCUCAGUUCUUCUCCAGGCACCAGAAUCCUGUUCUUACCCACUUUUCCAAACUGAGGAGACUCAGGUAUCAGGAAUUACUCCAGGCACGUUGUGGGAGGGGAGCUGAUGUAGACAUGACACCAAGUGCUUUUCAUUUUAACUCUUCAAGCCGUAGAUCACACGUUUCCCUUGGGAGGAAUCAUGGUGAAAGAGUUUCCCACUUCUGCUUAUAUGAAGUGUAACUGAAAAUGAGCAGUGACCAAAUAUACUAGGGUAUCUACACUCAAGAAUUACCAUUAUUGCAGUUAUUUCCUUGGGAGACCAUACUCUUGAGCUAUGAUGUUGCAUGUGCCAAGAACACUUAAAAUUCCUCUUUGGGGUUAUCUUUAAAGCCAUGGGAGGAAAGAGGCCUCAAUUUAUAAUCAGACCUUGUUUUUUGUUUUAAUCUCCCUCCUGCUAAGGUAGUACCAAGUUCCACUCCCAUUUUAUUUAUCAGACUUAUUUUCUAAUGCCCUUUGCCUGUUAAAAAAAAUUCCUCAAAAACCAGAUCUGCCCUUAAAGGAAAAAGAUUGCUAAGGAAGCUUACAAGUUACAGUUUCCAAAGAGGGUUCUAGAAAUGUUUUGUGUAAUGUCAGCUUCAUGAAAUAAACAUGUAUCUUUCCAUGGUAACUACUUUGAAGGCAGCACCACCCAUGUGAGUGCAUAAUUCCUGUACUUCCUCUGCUGUAAAUGGAAUAUGUAUAUAAAGUUAAACUAUUAUAUUUUUCACAACACAAGUAGAAAUUGGCUCUUAAAAUACUGUAGUUAAAACCAGACCUCACCAAGUAACAGUUGUACAAUUUAAAAAUAUGUGGUGCCAUGUAAUGGAGAUGUCAUACAACACAGUUGUAAUUUAAAUGCAGUCCAUAGGGUGCAUGCCAUUGAACUGUAACCCAAGUAAUGUGUCUUGUACAGUUGAAUACUGAUAAUACUUCACCCUUGCAUAGGUUAAGACCUGUACUUUAUCUUUACCACUCAGGGUGGCUUUAAAAGAGGAAAAUUUUUGGUUUGUUCUCACUGAAAUUGAUCAGAUUCUUUCUGUGUAAAUAUCUGAAACAAUUGUUGGCCUCCUGGAAGCUACAUUCAUUCAUUUUCACUGUUUCACUGUUUGGUGUAAGACUCAUCUCCCUGAUCUGUCUGAAAGGAUGCUAGCAGGGCCCCAUCCUGAGAAGAGCAGCUAAAAUGUCCCCACAUUCCUUUGCCAGAGGAGUCUCAUUUUCCAGCUGGUAGGGACAUCUGUUGUCAUUGGCAUCACUGCCUGGAAUUAAUCCUGUCUAGGAGUAGAGAAAGCUGGGUUACAGCUGGAUCCUAGCCCCAUCUUCCAGGGUUUUCCAUACCACAGCUGGCUGUGGGCUUUACGAGCCUCAGUCAGGUGGCCUGGUUACAUGUGUCACCGCUACCCAUGCCAGGUACAGCUGUCCUCACACAGCUGACCUCCCCUGUGCAAUCUCAUGAACUCUGUGUACAUUUUCCCUCUCUGCAGACAGAGAAGGCCUACUGUAUUUACCUUGGAGACUGAAGUUGCAGUGAGUCAGUAGGUGAGGCUGUUCAUUAUGUGAAAGCUGGUAACAGCACCCCUGACACCUGAUUUUAACACAAAUUCUCAUCACUGCUCCUCUGAAGAAAUUAAAAAAGGAGAGCAUGAAUUCCUGGUAUCAACAAACCAAACAAUGGAGGCCCUGAGAAAAGAAUGCAGCUUCUUGGAGGCCUUCCAGCCAGGGAAACUUGCAACCUGAAAGGAAUAGGCUCUGGGGAUGCUCCAAGAGCCUUCUGGAUGUGUUGUUUAUAACCUGCAACCCUUGACUCUUGUAUAACAACUAACAAAAUCUUCCUUAUGUAACAUAAAUUCAGUGUCUGUAUAUGGUCUUCCCUUUAUCUACUAGUAGCAUCUUGAAACUGGUCAAACUUGAAUGCCAAUCAAUAGCUCAGUCACUCAGAAUAUAUAUGAUUCUGCACUUGGGAAAAAUGUCUUCAUGCUAUCUGUCUGUCUGAGUAUGGAGUGAACAGAGUGUGGAUCAGGGGCUUUAGGUCUCUAGGAUCUCAAAAAUCAUCUAAGUUGGGGCUGGGGAUUUAGCUCAGCGGCAUAAGCACCUGCCUUGCAAGCAGGCGGUCGUGAGUUCAAUCCCUGGUACCAAUAAAAAUGAAAAAGACAAAACAAAACAAAACAAAAAAAAUCAUCUAAGUGGAUCAUAAGUUGUAGAUUCAAUGCUCCCGGAAAGGGAGUCCAUGAUUAUUGGCAUACAGCAAGAAGGAAAGAGGAGAGGAAAGGUCUGGGAUUGUUUUGUGGGAGGAAAACAAAUUUGGGAUGAUUUGGGAUCCUAGUGAGGAGGAUGAAAAAAUGGCUCUUUUGUGGGUUAUUUUAAUGAAAAUAUCAUGAAUAUAUUGAAUAUAGGUAGAUGUCCUUGAAGCCAGCUGCUCUAUAUGAAGAUACUGGGAUGCAUGGACUUGUAUGCAUCCUGCAGAAGUGAGGAAGAUGUACCUCAUCCCUUUUCUAAGUCGUGAGGCAUGCUGGUUUUGAAAACACUAAAUCUGAGGAAGAUGGAAGCAGCUAAUGGGUACAUGGUGUUCCAGAACCACUCAAGUAACAGCUGACCCUUGUAGAAGCGAAUGGAUCAGGGUACCCUGGCUGGCAAAGCCAAGAGUUGCAAUUUACUGAGGAGCGUGAAGGGAUGCAUCCAACAGCAAACAAGCCACUUCAGUGUAAUGCUUGCCUUUGUCCUGGAAGUGAGGCCUCUGUUUGCAGUUAGUCUGUGCAGAUGUUUUGGGAAGGACCCUGACAAUAGCUAUUUGUCAAUGUCCCUGGAGUUAAUGUUCUUAGAUUUGGGGCUACAGCUUAAUAGAAAACUUGGUGCUACUUUUGGCUUUGCCUCACAGAUUCAAGAUUAGAACAGAUGAGCACUUUAAAAUGUUUCUAUCUGGAGACCAUCCUUCUCAGGGAUUUAUGAUUUUAAUCCUUCCCUAAAACUGAAUAAUGCCCCUUUCCAAAUCUAUGGCUCUACUCUGCAGUCUUCCCUCCUAAAAUCCUCACAGCUGAGUGAGCUUUCUUCCUUCAUCCCUUCUGAUUCCCUUCAGGGACCGUUCCUGCCAACAUGCAGCACUAUCCCAUCCCCUGGCCUGACAUCUCAACCCUAUUUGGUGACCCUGUUCUGUGAAGUUCAUUUUCUCUGGGACUCCAAAGCAACAUUGCAAAAAUCACUCCAAAAGCCAGUUUGGAGGCCACAGGAAUAGCAGCACUUGAAGGGCAGUCUAGUCCCCAUUUUAUAAAUAGGGCAUCCGGUUCCAAACACCAGUCACUCAGCCAGUUGGCAGCAAGGUUGAAUCCAGGUUAGUACACAGCUACCCUUCUAGCCUUUCCUGUUAUCCAGGGCCCACCCUCUGCUCAUGCCCCUUCCCACAAGCCUCUUCUCUGCACAGUAUAGUGGCAAUGGGCAACUGUCAGUGCUUCAACACUUGCAUGGAUCUAGGCAAGAGCCCCAAAGGUGCGUGAGGCUUCCAGGGUGCAAACUGACUGCUGUCCUGCACCCUCUUCAGGAUCAACCAAGACCAUUUAGCUCCACCACGCACUCAGGAUGUAAAGGAGAAGGGCCCUGCCAAGCGACUGAGGGCCUCCUCCGCUCCAUUUUGGCUAAUGUCCUCUCACUGCAAAAGGACUUGACGGCCAAGGAUUUGGCGUUCCUGAACUCCCAUCAGGUGCACCUAAAGGGGAGUCUUUGCUAUACACGCUCCAGCUGCAACCACUAAAAAGCUCAAAAGUUUCCUCCCAUUUUAUUCUGCAGUGUGUCUCACUAGGCAGAUUCUUUUCUGUGAAAGCCCAAAUGUCAUCUGAGAACCGAUUAUCCCUUCAAAUCCAAUGGUUCUAACUGUGCUCCCAUUCAGAUCCCUUGGAUUUCUGUGAUUUCUAAAGGGAUUUAUUUUUUGUAACUACUGAUUCCAAACUUCUGCUACCUCAUUGUAAGUAACAGUGUUGUCGCAUGCCUGCACUGCAUCAGUGAAGACCGGAAGCUCAGUUCCCUCCCCCAUUUCCUCACAUGGCAAAAUUUAAAUGAAUGUGUGUGCACACGCACUCAUCUGGAUGUGACAGGGAGUGGCAGACACUGCAGCAAUGCAGACUUGGCAACGCUCAGAAUCUUCAUAUCCUAUGAAGGAGUCUCUCUACUCACCUGCCAUUCCACGUGGUCCCCAUAUCUCUUUUGGAACAUGCCAAAUCCAUUUACGUUCUUAGGUAUAACCAUUCCUCUUUUUAAAUUUUGAUUCCUAAUGCUUACUUUCAUGAUUUCACCCUUUACCAUUGGUGGCUUACAGAAGGAAUUUCCCAAACAAAACCACCUACCUCAAGGGGAGCUCGAAAGGCAUCCCUGAAGGUGACACGUUUCAUUCUCACUGUGAUAACCCAGCAUCCUAAUGAUCAUGAUCACCACUAGCCUGCCGGGAGCGAACCCCCGGAAGGCAAAAGGGAAUACUGUGAAUGGCACCAGUUUGAGUGAAGUGGGGUUCAAAACCCAACUCAGAUAAGCUAGAGCUUGUAUGACCUUAGGAACAGUCUAACUUGCUAACGUGUAGUUUUGACACCUCUGAUGCAAUCGGUAGACGUAAUCUUGAAAAUGAAACACUAAUAUAUACUUCAGUUUCCUUUCCUUUGGCUGCCACCACUGUGAGCAGCCACGAGCCUUCUUGUGCUUGUGGCUCAGUGCCAAGGGAUAAAAGCUGGCAGGCAGCAGCUUUGCAACUGGGGAUAGGGAUGCUGGGGAUAGGGCUGGCGGCUGCUCAAGCAGGCUGUCAUUUGAGUUUAAUGAAUCGCAUCCAUCCUUGAUACUAUGAUGCUAUGCUGUAUGCAACGUACAGGGUAUGUAUUUGGCUCAGACAGUUGGGAGGCUAGAAAGCGGAUGAGUAGCCUGACCUUGAGUGAUUCAGCACUUGGUUUUUGUUUGCUUGGUUCUUCCUGUAUUAGGUUUACUGGCUUUGCAUCAAAUGGAAGGAGGAGGUGCCAGGGUCUUUUACCAAACAGAGGGUGAGAGGGAGUCCAGGAAGUACAGGAAGCAAGGAACUGACAGCACCAUCUGCAUCGGCCAGGAUGACAGCCCUGAGAUAAAUGAAGUGAAUCAAUAAAGUAGCUAAACUUCUGCUGUCCUGGCCCUGUCCUGAGUGGGACUCCUAGAAUCUCCUAUUUGAGAUACUAAUUUGCUAUAAGGGGAGGACUGGUAGCCCUUAAUCAUUCUGUGGAGUAACAGAUGUCUUUGUAAAGGAAGGACCAGGCAGUGCCCUGUGUGUUUAGAUCCACUGGAGGUCCCCUGAGCUCCAGAAAUAUCCUGAAGCAAGUUUCUACCAACCAAGAGAGCAGCCUGUUAAAUUUUCAGGAAUGUUAUGAGCUGAUUAUUAAACAUAUGCAUUAUUAAACAUUAAAUCAUAUAAACUUACAAUUAAAACAGAAAAACUCAAAACAAACUUCCUACUUAUUUUACUAUCUUGUUGUGGCUAUUGACAUUUGUCGUGUUUGUGUAGUGGAAAUACUAUAUAAUUAACUGUGUGCCACUGCCUCUCUCCUCCCAACUCCACCAUUCAAAGAUGCCACACUGGUAGCUUAGAAUUAGCCACAAUCGAAUGAGCUACAUCAGAAAUGGGCAAACACCACAGAGCAUGUUUGUCACCCCUGUGAGCUGGUUGUUAAACAUUUGUGAGUGCCCCACCACUCCUGGGUGACAGAGACACUGAGACAUGUAAGCACCGAAAUAUUUUUCAGUGUGAAGAUUUCCUCAGAAGCAAGAGUCCUGGUAAACUGUGCACAACCUAUUCAUUGCAAACCCUACUUCUACAUGUGUGUGCAUGCAUGUGUGUUUGUACGUGUAAAAUAGCUUCUAUGAUUUUUAUACAGGAAAAACAUUUGCUUUUCCCCUUUGUUCUGGUUCAUAAGGUUAGUCUUACCUGGGGGAGGAGGUAUUCCAGCUAAGUUCCCUGCAGGAAAGUGCACGGUUAGCAAAUUGAAAGCACACUAAUUGGCAAAAUGAAAAUGUGCUUUGAAGAAUAGAUCUUAACUAGGCACCAAAAUAGUUCACUUCCAAGUGGUUUAUACAGCAAUACCAAUGUUAACUCUUCCAACAUAGAAGAAAUCAUUUAUAAAUGAUUGUUUUGCUAUUUUUGCUUCUUAUUAAAAUUAUUACUGUGGAA